AAAGUCUGUUACUCCAAAAGCCAUUGCUGUAUCAUCAACAGAACAUAAAAUGACUGUCCCUAGAAGAUCUUCUAUGCCAUUACGUGUAAUGAUUUGUGUCGACACCAAUUAUUCGGGAUGCCCCCCUCAGUUUAGCACCUUGUACAACCUAAAAGGCCUACAGUUCCCAGACCAAAAACAACAACCGUCGAUCCUUGUGAGAUAUUUGCAACCUUCCAAGCUGCACCUAGACCUAGAGGCCCUACAUCUAAGCCAAGAAAGAAAGAAAGACCUGGAAAAAGUACUAAUUGAUGAUGAGGCCGAGAACAUCGUCAAACUUACUUUAUACCAUCAGCCUGGGAAUAAUAAUAAUAAUAAUAAUAAUAACGAUAAAGUACCUGCUGCAACUCCACAACUGAGAAGGCAUAUUUUCUCCAAAGGUGCAGUGGGGCUGAUCUUGACAGCACAUCCGGAGUGCACGACCGUGUACUCGCUGAAACUCGAAACAGCACAA